UUGAUGUUAAGGGCCCGUCGAAUAGAAGGGAAGAAGGAAAGCUAAACAUGUGAGCAACAACCAAGUAGGCAACGAAUAUUCGGUUGAAAAAUGUUUGCUUCAUUUUUAUUUUACGAACAACAAAAAAUACAGCAACUUCUUUCCUCUCCUCCGUUGUACAAAAACAACUGCUGGUCAAUCAAAACUUUGCUCUUUUUCUCUCUCCUGCUUCUCCCAGCUUGGAGGACAAAUACUCCAACAGUGACGCUGACGUUUCAUCAAUCUAAAACCCCAUUGUAAUCGCCAAACAAGACAAAUUAUAGUUGGAUCCAUAUUGUGGUUCUUCAGAAAGAGAGCCUGAAAUAGGAGGAUUCCUUUGGUUUUUCCGACAUUUAUACUCAUUGUUGUGAUUCUACAUACAAGUUGAUGCCGAAAUGGCUAAGAAGCAGCAAAUUGCAAUAUAUACCACUGCCAGCUUACCAUGGAUGACUGGUACUGCUGUGAAUCCGUUGUUCCGUGCUUGUUAUCUUGCAAAAGAUGGGGAGCGGAAGGUUACUCUUGUAAUUCCAUGGUUGUCUCUUAAAGAUCAAGGACUUGUAUACCCUGACAACAUAACAUUCAAGUCAGCCCUAGAUCACGAGGCAUAUGUACUCAAAUGGCUUGAAGACAGGACAGGAUUCAUAUCCCGGUUUGAAAUAAAGUUUUAUCCUGGAAGGUUUUCGACAGAUAAAAGGAGCAUUCUUCCUGUCGGAGAUAUUACUGAUGUUAUAUCAGACGAAGAGGCAGACAUUGCUGUCCUCGAGGAGCCCGAGCAUCUAACAUGGUACCAUCAUGGAAAUAGAUGGAAAGCAAAAUUCCGUCUUGUGAUCGGGAUUGUCCACACCAAUUACCUGGAAUAUGUUAAACGAGAGAAAAAUUCUGUCCAAGCAUUUCUUCUGAAACAUGUAAAUAGUUGGGUAAUCGGUAUCUACUGCGAUAAGGUAAUUCGAUUGUCUGCAGCCACCCAGGAUCUUCCAAGAUCUGUCAUAUGCAAUGUCCAUGGAGUAAACCCCAAAUUUCUUGAGGUUGGCAAGAAAAAGAAAGAAGAUCUUGAAGAUGGGAAGCCCGUCUUCACUAAAGGGGCCUAUUACAUAGGUAAAAUGAUUUGGAAUAAAGGAUACAAAGAGCUGCUCAAACUUCUUAAGGACCAUCAGAAAAAGCUAGUUGGUCUGGAAGUUGACCUCUAUGGUAACGGAGAGGACUCUAAUGAGGUCAAGGUAGCAGCUAAGAAACUGGAACUACCUGUACGAGUUCAUCCUGGACGUGAUCAUGCUGAUCCUUUGUUUCAUGAUUACAAGGUGUUUCUCAAUCCAAGCACAACAGAUGUAGUCUGCACAACAACAGCAGAAGCAUUAGCGAUGGGAAAGAUUGUCGUGUGUGCCAACCAUCCGUCUAAUGAAUUCUUUAAGCAAUUCCCUAAUUGCCGCGUGUAUGAUGAUGGUGAAGGGUUUGCUGCAACAACAUGUAAAGCUCUGGCUGAACAACCAGCCCUCUUGACUGAUGAACAGAGGCAUGAGUUGUCUUGGGAAGCUGCAACAGAAAGAUUUUUAAAGGCUGCUCAGUUGGACCAAGGGACUAACAGUCGACUCUCUACAACUCCGUCCUCAAAAAAGUUUGCCUCCUUGUCAUCGUCCAACGUGAAAAAGAAAUUGGAAGAUGCCUCAGCAUACAUACAUGACGCAGUAUCGGGUACAGAAUUUACUCGAACGGCUUUUGGUGCUAUCCCCGGUACUCUGUACCCUGAUGAAGAACUAUGUAAGGAUCUGGGUUUGCCUUCUCCUACUAACUCAGGUGGACAGUGCUGCAAGAAGUGAUCUUCUGAGUCUAUUCGCGAUUCUAAUCUUGUAAUUCAGAAAUCUUUGUAGUAUAAAUUUGAAAAGCGUGUCUAACUAAUUGUCUUCUUCUCCUUUUUGAUUUUUUGCCCUUCGUGGGGUGAGUUGCCUUCUCUGUAAAUGGUACGUGUAGCAGAUAUUCAUUAACUUUGAUCUGGUUUUAAUCCUACAAGAAGUUUUUUCAUAAA